ACAGGGCCUCGCCUCUCAGCGGUGAAGUGGCCAAUCCUGAGUGUAACCGUUAGUGUCGGUUGGAGUUUCGGUGCAGAGUGUGAGGGGCAGCGGCGUUCUCCCGGGAGCCCAGGAGCUGUGGCCACAAUGGGAGAAAUAGAAGGCACGUACCGCGUGUUGCAGACCCCAGGCGCCCGUCUAGGUACCCAGAGAACCACUGGCAUUAGUACCCUAGAGCCAGGACAAACCCUCAGCACGGCGCUCUCUUCUUCACCCACCAAGGCCAAAACUCUGGAUUUAUGCUCCUCUGUACUUCUGCUGGAUGGCACUGUGCUCCCUGUCGAAGUUGGGCCAAAGACCACAAGCCAGGCCCUGCUGAGCCAAGUGUUCACUCAUCUCAAUGUGGUGGAGACGGACUAUUUUGGCAUUGAGUUCCAGACGGCACAGUCUCAAUGGGUGUGGUUGGAGCCGCUGAAAUUUGUGAACAAGCAGCUGCGCAAACCAAAAAAUGCCAAAAUGCGCCUGGCUGUGAAGUUUUUCCCACCUGACCCAGGUCAGCUGCAAGAGGAGUAUACAAGGUACCUUUUUGCCAUGCAGAUCAAGAGAGACCUUGCAGAGGAGCGACUGGUGUGCAGCGAUAAUACCACCGCACUUCUUGUAUCCCUGCUAUUGCAAUCUGAAGUUGGGGAUUAUGAUCAGAAUGUGGACCAGGAGCAUCUGAAAAACACAGAGUAUUUGCAGCGUCAAUAUUGCCUUGAGGAGCGUAUAUUAGAGUGUCACCGGCAGCACCUUGGUAUGUCGCCUGCUGAUGCAGAUUUUCAGAUCCUGGAGAUUUCCAGACGGCUUGAGUUGUAUGGAAUCCGUUUUCAUCUCGCGUCUGAUCGUGAAGGUGCCAAAAUUAAUUUGUCAGUGUCGCACAUGGGAGUGUUGGUUUUUCAGGGUAACACAAAAAUUAACACAUUCAACUGGUCAAAGAUCCGUAAGCUGAGCUUUAAAAGACGACGCUUCCUUAUAAAGCUGCACCCAGAAGUUCAUGGCCCUUAUCAGGAUUCCCUAGAGUUUCUCCUUCCCAGUCGGGAUAUGUGUAAGAGAUUCUGGAAAAUUUGUGUAGAGUAUCACAGCUUCUUCCGUCUGCAGGAUCAACCAAAACCCAAAUCCAAGCCAGUUCUUUUGAGCCGCGGCUCUUCUUUUCGGUACAGUGGACGAACGCAAAAACAACUUAUAGAGUACGUGCGGGACACCAGCAUCAAGAAGCCACCAUGUGAAAGGAGACACAGCAAACCCAGAGUGUCCCCUAGCACUGUGAUCCCUAACUCUCCAAAGCAGAUCAUCCCUUUCACUGAGAGUGUGAGGACUUCUGUUUUACCUUCCUCCCUUAUCCUGUCCUCUUUUUUCAACCCUCCUGCCUCACCCAAACAAAAAGACACAACCAGAAAUGAGCACAUCUCUGCUUCUCAGUGGCAAGAGGAACCUGGCCGACGAGCUCAAGAGAACGCAGGAUCUUCAGUUCACUCACCAUUACAAGGUGUUUCCCCCAACCCAACCCCUUCCUUGCAGAAUAAACAGGACCCAGGAAAAAUCCUGGAUACUGAACAUGUCCAGCAGGGUGAGGAUGUUAGGCUGUGGGUAUCAGGGGUUUCUGAUUCACUUCUUUUGACUGAAGAAUUUAUAGAUGAUGAUCCAGCAGACAUCUCCUUUAGUGGAGGAGCAGAGCUGUAUACCUAUGGUGAGAGUCUAGAGUCACCUGAUCAUGAUGAUAUCCCACCAGAAGAGUAUUUUCUGGAUGGGGUGGAUGUGACAGAUUUCAAUGGCAACACAAGGUCAACUGAUGCUAAUGAGUUAUUGGAAAUGAAAGCUCAGGCAAGUCGCAUGCAAAGUUUUCUAAACCCAUCAGAAAAUGGAUCCCUAAUCCAUUACCGCUCUGAAACCGGCUCCCUGGUUCACCGUCGCUCUGAAAGCAGUUCCCUCACAAACCUCAAUGGUAUCCCUUCAUUUUCCCGAUCUGCUAACCACUCCACUGCCAGCUCAAUGAUAAAUUUUCCCGCCUGCUCUGUACGCUCGGAAUCCAGUUCGGCUUUCCAAUUUGGAGAUAUAGCAGACCAGCUAGAACAGCUUAGCUACCCUCCAACGACCACUGAAGACUCUAGCAGCUCUGAAGACGACUCCUGGGACUCUGAAGAUGAGACUCCAAUUGAUAUGAACUUAUUCUUCAGCAAUCCACUGACGCAUUAUACCAAUUUUAAUCAACUUGGGCUGCUGGAUAAGAAGGAUGCUCCUGACACGCUCGCAAUCGGUUCAUGGCUAAAAUCCAUCCUGAGAGACAAUGUGGACUAUCAGCUCACUGAAGGAUCAGGGUGUCACUUGUCUCCAGUAACGCUCAGGCUGCCCUCCUCUACUUCCCAGCCUGGCAGGUCUCCAUUGAUGAGCCCAACGUUAAGUGACAGUGGUAGUGCCAGAGCUGAUGAUGUGGAAGAAACUUCUGACAAGAUGGAUGAAGCCUAUUAUAUCACCAAGGAAAUUCUCAGCACGGAGACUUCUCAUCUAAAGGAUAUUGAGGUCAUAACUUUGUGGCUGGAGAAGGCGCUUAGUAAAGGUGGAGAUCAACAGGAAACGCUAGAGCAUCAGAUGAAGCCUCUCUUUUCUUGCAUGGACCCCAUACGGCUAUUUCACCAGGAAUUUUUGCAGCAACUUGAGGAUAUCCUAAGCCUUUGGGAAGGGGGAUCUGCACGUACCAAAGAUAUGCAAAUUCUUGGAGACUUCAUGCUUCGGAAUAUGACUGCCUUAAGGGCCCUCCUCCCAUCGCUGCACAAACUGGAGGAAGUCUUUUUGGAAAUGCAGAGAAGAUGUCCUGGGAAGCAGGAGAUGGAUACUCUGCUGCAGGAGUUUGAACAGCAGCGAGUUUGUUACCUGCCUUUCAGCUGCCUUUUGCUGAAGUCUCUUCAGCGGCCUCUACAAUAUGAGAAGCUGUUGGAGAGAUUAUGCCGUCACUAUCCGCCAUCACACCAUGACUAUAACAACUGCCAAAGGGCCUUAGGAGAAGCCAGUGCAGUGAGUUCUCGCCUCCGGCACCGCCUUCUGCACCUCCAGAACUUGCAGAGACUGGACCAGUUAGAGAGAGAUCUGCUGGGAGGAGAACAUCUUUCAUCACCGGGGCGGGAAUUUAUCAGAGAGGGCUGCCUAUACAAGCUAACCAAGAGUGGUCUGCAGCAGCGCAUGUUCUACCUUUUCUCGGAUAUGCUGCUAUAUACACGGAAGGGUCUGAGCUGCACCAACCAGUUUCGGGUUCACGGACGGCUUCCACUACAUGGUAUGCUGGCUGAGGACAGUCACAGCUCUGUCCCACACUGCUUUACUAUCUACUCUGCACAGACGACCAUAGGAGUGGCUGCCAGUUCUCAGGUGGACAUGAGGCGCUGGCUGGAUGAUCUGAAUGCGGCUAUUAGUCGGGCUCCGAGAUACAGUGAACUUUCUGCCCUAUCGCUACAGCAGCCAGUUCUCCAGGCCCCAGGGCAGAACCAUCAUCCCAACACACUCAGCCAUGUUUGCUGGUAUCGAAACCAGAGUGUGUCCCUGACUGAUCACAUCACUAUGAUGGAGAAUCAGCUCUCGGGUUACUUGCUUCGUAAGUUCAAGAACAGCAAUGGCUGGCAGCGGCUGUGGGUGAUCUUCACCAAUUUCUGCCUUUACUUCUAUAAAACGCAUCAGGAAGAUGCUCCACUUGCCUCAUUGCCGCUGCUGGGAUACACAGUUAGUGUCCCGACCUUCUCUGAUCCUGUCACCUGUUGCCACGUCUUCAAACUGCAUUUCAAGUCACAUGUAUACUUCUUCAGAGCGGACAGCGAAUAUACAUGGAGGCGGUGGAUGGAAGUGAUCAGGCGUGGAGUGAGCUCCCCAGGGAAAAUCGGACACUUAGCCGAGGAUGGAAUCAUUGUUGAUUGACCCUAUGACAAACUAAUUACAGCUUGCAGUCAGGACAAGUAUAUACAAGAACACAAACAGGCGUUUUGUAAAGGAUGCAAAGAAUGGAAUGUGCACUAGGAGAUGUUAAUAGAAAUUACUAAAGAGCAAAAAUAGAAGAAGAAGAAAAUCCCUUUAUUGUCACUCAGUGGGAAAAUUUUGGCAUAACAGCAGCAAUCACAUUCACA